ACGCUCACUGGGAGGUGCUGGAAACAAGUAUGGGGUUGUUGUUAUAUUCAUCGUUUUAGUUGAUGCGGGGGAAAAGAUAAUCGCAUGCCAUAGCAGAGUUGUUAAAUUAUUGGUUUGAAUUGCUUGUCAUAUCCUACUUCAAACACAUUUUAUUGUCACUGAGUAACACAAUGGAUAUUAUUGAGACGGUUGUAACAGAGAGUAUUGAAGUAGAUGAAACUCCAACGGCGUCCAGUUUGGCAACAGAUAAAUCGAAAGCAGAGUUUGUAUGGACUUUACAAGCCACAUGGGAACUUGUCCAAACCCGCCUCGAAAUGGACCAGGACUUUGACCAGCCAGUGUGCAAGAAAAAGAAACUGUGGGAGACAGUGGCUGAGAGAGUGACUGCCAAGCUAAGAGCAGCUGGGAGCAAAGAUGUCACAGUCAAGGCAUAUGAGUGUGAUCUGAAGUGGCGUAACAUGUUGGCCACAUACAGGAAAAAUGCUGAGAGGUCCAAGAGACUGGGGGCCCAGAGUGUCCACUGGGAGUUCUUCAAGGCCAUGCAUGAGGUCCUGGGGAAGAGUCGGGAGGAGAUCGAGGCACAGCGCAGGUCCAAACUCAACGGGACCAAGCUGGGCAAGGCUAUUGCCAGCAAGCGGUUUACCCCCAUCCUUCCUACACCCUCCCUGACAGCUGCCCCCUUUGCUUCCAGGCCCCCAGGAUGUCCUGCAGCUGUACAUGGAGCUGCAGGAGAGGAAGAUGAACAUGUGGGCCCAGCAGAAGGCCCUGGAGGAGAGGAAGAUAGAGGCCAUCAAUAA